UACCUGCCCAGCCAUAAAGCGCUGCCCGCCCGCCCGCCGCCGCGCUCCCGACCGGCCCCUCCACUCGCGCGCUUCGCUCGACAUAGCGGCCGCCCAGGCGCCCAGGACGCACGGUCCAGCCACGGAGGAAGAGGAUGGCAGGGCCAUGUUCCUGCCCGUGGGUGAAGCUGCUGCUGGCAGUGAUGCUGAGUGUCAGCCUCCCUGGAAAUAUGGCCAACCGCUGCAAGAAGGCUCAGGUGAAGAGCUGCACAGAGUGCAUCCGUGUGGAUAAGAGCUGUGCCUACUGUACAGAUGAGCUGUUCAAAGAGAGGCGUUGCAACACCCAGGAGGAGCUGCUGGCCGCAGGAUGCCGUCGGGAAAGCGUGCUGGUCAUGGAGAGCAGCCUUGAGAUCACAGAGGAAACCAGGAUUGACACCACCCUACACCGCAGCCAGGUGUCUCCCCAAGGCCUGCAUGUCCGGCUGCGGCCGGGUGAAGAGCAGCACUUUGCCUUUGAGGUGUUUGAACCCCUGGAGAGCCCUGUGGACCUCUAUAUCCUCAUGGAUUUCUCCAACUCCAUGUCUGAUGAUCUGGACAACCUCAAGCAGAUGGGGCAGAACCUGGCCAAGAUCCUGAGCCAGCUCACCAGUGACUACACUAUUGGAUUUGGCAAGUUUGUGGACAAGGUCAGCGUCCCUCAGACAGACAUGAGGCCUGAGAAGUUGAAGGAGCCAUGGCCCAACAGUGACCCUCCAUUCUCCUUCAAGAACGUCAUUAGUCUGACAAAUGAUGUGACAGAAUUCUGGAAUAAGCUGCAGGGAGAGCGCAUCUCCGGCAACCUGGACGCACCUGAAGGGGGCUUCGAUGCCAUCCUACAGACAGCUGUGUGCACACGGGCCAUCGGCUGGCGCCCUGACAGUACCCACCUGCUGGUGUUUUCCACCGAGUCUGCUUUCCACUAUGAAGCUGAUGGUGUCAAUGUGCUGGCUGGCAUCAUGAACCGCAAUGAUGAGAAAUGCCACCUGGAUGCCACAGGCACCUACACCCAGUACAAGACACAGGACUACCCAUCAGUGCCCACGCUGGUGCGCCUGCUCGCCAAGCACAACAUUAUCCCCAUCUUUGCUGUCACCAACUACUCUUACAGCUACUAUGAGAAGCUUCAUACGUAUUUCCCGGUCUCCUCACUGGGAGUGCUGCAGGAGGAUUCGUCCAACAUCGUGGAUCUGCUGGAGGAAGCCUUCUAUCGCAUUCGCUCCAACUUGGACAUCCGGGCCCUGGACAGCCCACGAGGUCUGAGGACCGAAGUCACCUCCAAGAUGUUCCAGAAGACAGAGACUGGAUCCUUUUCGAUCAGGCGGGGGGAAGUGGGCACAUACGAUGUUCAGCUGCGGGCAGUGGAGGACAUAGAUGGAACACACGUCUGCCAGCUGGCAGAGGAGGACCAGAGGGGCAGCAUCCACUUAAAACCCUCCUUCUCCAAUGGCCUCCAGAUGGACGUGGGCAUCAUCUGUGACGUGUGCCCCUGUGAGCUGCAAAAAGAGGUGCGGUCAGCUCGCUGCCACUAUAGAGGAGACUUCAUGUGUGGACACUGUGUGUGCAAUGAGGGCUGGAGCGGCAAGACUUGCAACUGCUCCACGGGUUCGCUGAGCGACACGCAACCCUGCAUACGAGAGGGUGAGGACAAGCCAUGCUCAGGCCACGGCGAGUGCCAGUGUGGACGCUGUGUGUGCUACGGUGAAGGCCGCUACGAGGGUCAUUUCUGCGAGUAUGACAACUUCCAGUGUCCCCGCACUUCUGGGUUCCUCUGCAAUGACCGGGGACGCUGCUCCAUGGGACAGUGUGUGUGUGAGCCUGGUUGGACAGGCCGCAGCUGUGACUGUCCCCUCAGCAAUGCCACCUGCGUCGAUAGCAAUGGGGGCAUCUGCAAUGGCCGAGGCUUCUGUGAGUGUGGCCGCUGUCACUGCAACAACCAGCAGUCACUCUACAUAGACACCACCUGCGAGAUCAACUACUCGGCGAUACGCCUGGGUCUCUGUGAGGACCUUCGCUCCUGUGUGCAGUGCCAGGCCUGGGGCACUGGGGAGAAGAAGGGGCGCACGUGUGAGGAGUGCAGCUUCAAAGUCAAGAUGGUGGACGAACUUAAGAAAGCGGAGGAGGUGGUAGAGUACUGCUCCUUCCGAGACGAGGACGAUGACUGCACCUACAGCUACACCGUGGAGGGUGACGGCAGCCCUGGGCCCAACAGCACUGUGCUGGUACACAGGAAGAAGGACUGUCCUCCUCACACCUUCUGGAGCUGGCUCAUCCCCCUGCUCAUCUUCCUUCCACUCCUCCUGGCGCUGCUGCUACUGUUCUGUUGUAAAUACUGUGCCUGCUGCAAGGCCUGCCUGGGGCUUCUCCCUUGCUGCAGUCGAGGUCACAUGGUGGGCUUCAAGGAAGACCACUACAUGCUGCGGGAGAACCUGAUGGCUUCUGACCACCUGGACACACCCAUGCUACGCAGUGGGAACCUCAAGGGGCGGGACAUGGUCCGCUGGAAGAUCACCAACAAUGUACAGCGGCCUGGCUUUGCCACCCAUGCUGCCAGCACCAAUCCCACAGAACUUGUACCCUAUGGGCUAUCCCUGCGCCUUGCCCGCCUUUGCACCGAGAACCUGAUGAAGCCUGGCACCCGAGAAUGCGACCAGCUGCGCCAGGAGGUGGAGGAAAAUCUGAAUGAGGUGUACAGACAGGUCAAUGGCGCACACAAGCUUCAGCAAACUAAGUUCCGACAGCAACCCAAUGCCGGGAAAAAGCAAGACCACACCAUCGUAGACACAGUGCUGAUGGCACCCCGAUCAGCCAAGCAGACACUGCUGAAGCUGACAGAGAAGCAGGUGGAGCAAGGGGCCUUCCAUGAACUCAAAGUGGCCCCUGGUUACUACACCCUCACUGCAGAGCAGGAUGCCCGGGGCAUGGUGGAAUUCCAGGAAGGUGUGGAGCUGGUAGAUGUGCGCGUGCCCUUAUUCAUCCGGCCUGAGGAUGACGAUGAGAAGCAGCUGCUGGUGGAGGCUAUUGAUGUGCCUGUGGGUACUGCUACCCUUGGUCGCCGCCUGGUAAACAUCACUAUCAUCAAGGAGCAAGCCAGUGGGGUGGUAUCCUUUGAGCAGCCUGAGUACACGGCCAGCCGCGGGGAGCAGGUGGCCCGCAUUCCUGUCAUCCGGCACAUCUUGGACAAUGGCAAGUCCCAAGUCUCCUACCGCACACAGGAUAAUACAGCACAGGGCAACCGGGACUAUGUCCCUGUGGAGGGUGAGCUGCUGUUCCACCCUGGGGAGACUUGGAAGGAGCUGCAGGUGAAACUCUUGGAGCUGCAGGAAGUGGACGCCCUCUUGCGGGGACGCCAGAUCCGUCGCUUCCAUGUUCAACUCAGCAACCCCAAGUUUGGGGCACGCCUGGGCCAGCCCAACUCAGCCACUGUCAUCAUCGGGGAGCAAGAUGAAGUGGACAGGAGCCUCAUAAAUCAGACCCUUUCAUCACCACCACCCCGAGGAGACCUGGGUGCCCCACAGAACCCCAAUGCCAAGGCCGCCGGGUCCAGGAAGAUUCAUUUCAACUGGCUGCCCCCUCCUGGCAAGCCAAUGGGGUACAGGGUGAAGUACUGGAUCCAGGGUGACUCAGAGUCUGAAGCCCAUUUGCUCGACAGCAAAGUGCCUUCAGUGGAGCUCACCAACCUAUAUCCAUACUGUGACUACGAGAUGAAAGUGUGCGCCUAUGGGGCACAGGGUGAGGGUCCCUACAGUUCUCUGGUGUCCUGCCGCACCCACCAGGAAGUACCCAGUGAGCCGGGACGUCUGGCUUUCAAUGUUGUCUCUUCCACGGUGACCCAGUUGAGCUGGGCCGAGCCAGCUGAGACCAAUGGCGAGAUCACAGCCUAUGAGGUCUGCUAUGGACUGGUCAACGAAGACAACCGACCCAUUGGGCCCAUGAAGAAGGUGCUAGUGGACAACCCCAAGAACAGGAUGCUGCUCAUUGAGAACCUUCGAGAAUCUCAACCUUACCGAUAUACAGUGAAGGCUCGAAAUGGGGCUGGCUGGGGGCCUGAGAGGGAAGCCAUCAUCAACCUGGCCACACAGCCCAAGCGGCCCAUGUCCAUCCCCAUCAUCCCAGACAUCCCCAUUGUGGACGCCCAGGGUGGAGAAGACUAUGAAAGUUUCCUCAUGUACAGUGAUGAUGUUCUGCGCUCCCCAGCCAGCAGCCAGAGGCCCAGCGUCUCUGAUGACACUGGCGGCACCUGGAAGUUCGAACCCCUGCUGGGGGAGGAGCUGGACCUGCGGCGCGUCACGUGGCGGCUGCCCCCGGAGCUCAUCCAGCGCCUGUCGGCCAGCAGCGGGCGCUCCUCCGACGACGGCGGAGCCGGGGGCUCGGACGGGGAGGGUGGUGGCAGGACCCGCGGCGCCACACCCCGGCCCCCGGGAGAGCACUUGGUGAACGGCCGGAUGGACUUCGCCUAUCCAGGCAGCGCCAACUCCCUGCACAGGAUGACUGCCGCCACUGCUGCCUAUGGCACCCAUCUGAGCCCACAACUGUCCCACCGAGUGCUCAGCUCAUCCUCCACCCUCACACGGGACUACCACUCUCUGACCCGCACAGACCACUCAGCCGCACUGACCCGGGACUACUCCACCCUCACUUCACUUUCUUCCCAGGACUCCCGUGGGGCUGUGGGUGUGCCAGACACACCCACCCGGCUGGUGUUUUCCGCCCUGGGGCCUACAUCUCUGAAAGUGAGCUGGCAGGAACCACAGUGUGAUCGUGUGCUACUGGGCUACAGUGUGGAGUACCAGCUGCUAAAUGGCGGUGAGUUGCAUCGGCUCAACAUCUCCAACCCUGGCCAAACCUCAGUGGUGGUGGAAGACCUCUUGCCUAACCACUCCUAUGUGUUCCGAGUGCGAGGCCAGAGCCAGGAGGGCUGGGGCCGAGAGCGAGAGGGUGUCAUCACCAUUGAAUCACAAGUGCAUCCACAAAGCCCUCUCUGCCCGCUGCCAGGCUCUGCCUUCACUUUGAGCACCCCCAGUGCCCCAGGUCCACUGGUAUUUACGGCCCUAAGCCCUGACUCGCUGCAGCUGAGCUGGGAGCGGCCACGGAGGCCUAAUGGAGACAUCCUCGGCUACCUGGUGACCUGUGAGAUGGCCCAAGGAGGAGGACCUGCUACCACAUUCCGGGUAGACGGAGACAACCUUGAGAGCCGACUGACAGUACCUGGCCUUAGUGAGAAUGUGCCCUACAAGUUCAAGGUACAGGCCAGGACAACUGAGGGCUUCGGGCCAGAGCGUGAGGGCAUCAUCACCAUCGAGUCCCAAGAUGGAGGUCCCUUCCCCCAGCUGGGCAGUCACUCCGGGCUCUUCCAGAAUCCACUGCAAGGCGAAUACAGCAGCAUCACCACUACCCAUACCAGCUCCACUGAGCCCUUCCUCAUGGACGGAUUAACCCUGGGGUCCCAGCGCCUGGAGGCAGGAGGCUCCCUCACCCGGCAUGUGACACAAGAGUUUGUAAGCCGGACGCUGACCACCAGUGGAACCCUCAACACCCAGGUGGACCAACAGUUCUUCCAUACCUGAACUCUCCAACCUCCUGUGGGUCCUGAAACCUGGGUCCCCCCUGCCUUCUCUCCCUAGUGCUUCCUUCCUUGGCUGCUCCAUCCUUGGACCUCCAAGGGCCAGCCACUUGCAUGCUGACUAAAGAGCCAGCAUCUCUAGCCAUAGAGGGGGGGGUAGGUGUCCUCUGGGAAGCAUAAAGCAGGGGGAGAUCCCAGAGGGCCUUUGUGGCUGCCCCCUAACCUGGUCCAAAAUCAGCCCAAGAACCCAGCCUUUGUUCUGCACUUAAUAAAAGACUUUGCUAUUGCUU